AUGAGGACUACAGACAUCAGGGACAACAUGAGGACUACAGACAUCAGGGACAACAUGGAGGACUACAGACAUCAGGGACAACAUGGAGCACUACAGACAUCAGGGACAACAUGGAGCACUACAGACAUCAGGGACAACAUGAGGACUACAGACAUCAGGGACAACAUGGAGGACUACAGACAUCAGGGACAACAUGAGGACUACAGACAUCAGGGACAACAUGGAGGACUACAGACAUCAGGGACAACAUGGAGCACUACAGACAUCAGGGACAACAUGGAGGACUACAGACAUCAGGGACAACAUGGAGCACUACAGACAUCAGGGACAACAUGGAGGACUACAGACAUCAGGGACAACAUGGAGGACUACAGACAUCAGGGACAACAUGAGGACUACAGACAUCAGGGACAACAUGAGGACUACAGACAUCAGGGACAACAUGGAGCACUACAGACAUCAGGGACAACAUGGAGCACUACAGACAUCAGGGACAACAUGGAGGACUACAGACAUCAGGCACAACACAGACAUCAGGGACAACAUGAGGACUACAGACAUCAGGGACAACAUGGAGGACUACAGACAUCAGGGACAACAUGGAGGACUACAGACAUCAGGGACAACAUGAGGACUACAGACAUCAGGGACAACAUGGAGCACUACAGACAUCAGGGACAACAUGGAGGACUACAGACAUCAGGGACAACAUGA